AUCGAGUGCACCAGGAGUGCUCGAGCGGAGGGGAGGUUCAGGUACAGGUGCAGCAGGAGAGAAGAGCACCGAGGCGCAUGCCUUACCUGGGGCCUGAUAUGACAACCCGGCUGUCCGCCAUGUUUUACACGGUCGAAGUCGGGGACACCAGAUUCACCAUUCUGAAACGGUAUCAGAACCUGAAGCCGAUCGGAUCCGGAGCGCAGGGCAUCGUUUGCGCGGCGUACGACACGGUCACCACGCAGAAUGUCGCGAUCAAGAAAUUGUCCAGACCUUUUCAAAACGUCACGCACGCGAAGAGGGCCUACAGGGAAUUCAAGCUGAUGAAGCUGGUCAAUCACAAAAACAUAAUCGGUCUGUUGAACGCGUUCACGCCGCAACGCUCGUUGGACGAGUUUCAAGACGUCUACUUGGUGAUGGAGCUUAUGGACGCGAACCUGUGCCAGGUGAUCCAAAUGGAUCUGGAUCACGAACGCAUGUCUUACCUGCUGUAUCAGAUGCUGUGCGGCAUCAAGCACCUGCACUCGGCCGGUAUCAUUCACAGGGAUUUAAAGCCGAGCAAUAUCGUGGUAAAGGCCGACUGUACGCUCAAGAUCCUCGACUUUGGCCUGGCUAGGACCGCCGGAACCACCUUCAUGAUGACGCCGUACGUGGUCACGCGGUACUACAGGGCGCCAGAGGUGAUCCUCGGAAUGGGAUACAAGGAGAACGUGGACAUUUGGUCGGUCGGUUGCAUAAUGGGCGAAAUGAUUCGGGGUGGCGUGCUGUUCCCCGGUACGGAUCACAUCGACCAGUGGAACAAGAUAAUCGAGCAACUGGGAACUCCGGCGCAGGAAUUCAUGCAGCGGUUGCAGCCGACGGUGAGGAAUUACGUGGAGAACAGGCCGCGGUAUCCGGGAUAUCCGUUCGACAGGUUAUUCCCGGACGUUCUGUUUCCAUCGGACUCGUCGGAGCACAACAGAUUGAAAGCCAGUCAAGCCAGGGAUCUAUUGUCGCGCAUGCUCGUGAUCGACCCCGAGCGACGCAUCUCCGUCGACGAUGCUUUGCUGCACAAUUACAUAAACGUGUGGUACGACGAGGGCGAAGUCAAUGCCCCCGCACCAGGCCCGUACGAUCACAGCGUGGACGAGAGGGAGCACACGGUGGACCAGUGGAAAGAGCUGAUCUACCAGGAGGUGAUGGAAUACGAGACGAGCCAUAAUUCCGCGACGACGGCUCAAACGUCCGAGAGCGGUGAUGCCCGGUAGACACGCAGGAACCUUGCCACCUUACGCGUCAAGGACGCACCUAGACUGUCCGACCUGUCAUACGUACAUAUAUACACACACGCGCGUAUACACGAGCGCACGCGAGCGCGUGCGGACACACACACACACACACACACAUACACACACACAGAGGCGGUACACAUGCGUGUGUAUAUGUAUGCAUGUAUGUAUAUACAUAUAUACAUAUAUAUAUAUAUUUCGCGGAAAUGUAAAGAAGGGAAGCGACGAUUAGAAACCGAUCACGUCCAUGGGAGAGACGUACGUUAAACGAAGCGCCGUUUUUGUUCAAGGCGAAGAAGAAAACGGGCGAGGCAGGAAGAUCGCGAACCGAAUGAUAUCGUAACGGGAGAGAGUGAGAGAGCGUCAGAGAGAAAUGCCACGAGAGCGUGCCAGCGGGUGUGAGAGAUCCGGAGCGAGCGCGAGUGCGAGAGGCAGAGAGAACGAGAGCGCGAAGGAGUAAGGUGAAGAAGCGAAGGUAACGCGCGCGUGCGCCUGUGUAUGCGUGUGUGUGUGUGUGUGUGUGUGUGUGUGUGUGUGUGUGUGUGCGUGCGUGCGUGCGUGCGUGUGCGCGCGCGAGAGAUGGAACGAAAGAGAGGAAGGGAGAGAGGAAGAGAGAGAUACGUCGUACGCGCUAACGAAGACGAGGCAUAACGAGCGCGCGUUUGCGAAAACGCGUACACGCUAGGAAUCCCUGCAACCAAAGCAUCGACGCGUUUCGAAGGUCCGCCGCCAACGGAAGCGUUCGCUCGAUAAAAACAGGAUACCGCGCCACGUUCGUCGUUGUUUUCGCCCGGUCUUCUUGCUCCGCUUUCCCAGCGUAUCUUCUCCGAGCCGGGAAACCGCGCAUUCGUUCCCAACGAACGUUCCCCGCGAUCGAGCUUAUAGUAGACAGGUUUGCGAUAACGCUCAACCGUCAUCGGAUCCAUACCGAACUCUGGUGCAGCCCGCUUUCCGAACCGACCUAAACGGUUCUCGUUGCCGUCUUCUUUCGCGUCUCAUCUGCAUCGAGAGAUUCGAUACCGCGAACCAAACCGAACGCGAGACAGAACCCUUUUGCUCGUUGCUCGUCUCUUUCCGUUUGCUUACUUUGCUCCUUUCUUUCUUUCUUUCCUUCUUUCUUCCUUCCUUCCUUCCUUCCUCUCAUCUUUGCGCGUCUACCUUUCUCUCUGUCCACCCCAAUCCCGAUCCCCCCACGGCUGUUUCUUCGAUCGUGCGCGUCGCGAAGCGGUAAUCGAGCGAUCGCGGAUAAACUGCCCACGAGGUUCUCGUCUCUUCUUUGCCCGAUCGCGCUCCAACGAUCUCUUCGUCGACGCGCGACGCGCGACGCGGUCGAGGAAGGCUGGUCGCGGGCUUGGUUCACGGCGAUAAACAGACAGGAGCGCGUCUGGAACGAUUUCGACGACAACGGAAGGAGAAUAUGGGAUCGAUGGUCGAUCGAAAGGAACGCGAAAAGGAAAACGCGUACGUAGGUACGUACGUACACGCAUACACGGAUACACGUUACGCGAAGGAACACGCACACCGUGCGCGACACGAUACACACGGACACACGGAGUUUUGUAGGUAACUUUCGAAAGCGUGCAGAGUACAGGGUGUCGCCGACGAAAGAGCUCGAGCAUUCCCAUUUUCAAAGUCCGAAUUUCCAUUUGCCGCGAUUACGCGUUUAAUCGUCGAACGAGAACAUUGUGUAUUUUUAUAUGCCACUCGAAACGCGUGCUUUUGUCUCAUCGUUUUCGCGCGCUCGUACGCCGCCGAUAUUUUGUAACGCUAACUUUGUAAGAUGGUAACAUUUUAAUCUCGUAAACACUUUCCCAGGGAAUAAUACGAACGAAAGCCGAGAAAGAAUGCGAAAAGAAAGCGGAGGAAACCAGCGAUAUCUAAGAGAUAAGAAGCAUCGUCGGGAGACGAUCGUCCAAGCACGAGGCGACGGUCGAGCCCGUUUUUCUUCGAUAAACCGAAAAUGCAAUGUCGCGGCGAUCGAUCUUCCGAUACCUACGACGACCGUUAUUCGUGGUUAUACUCGUCGAUCGUAUUUAACUAGUUAGUUCCUUAGGUAAAACUCGUUUUCCUUGUGCAAUCGUGCGAUCGUCGUGCCAUUGCACGACGACGAA